AUGGAUCUUACCAAAGGCUACUGGCAGGUGCCUUUGGACCCAGAAGGGCCGGCGAAGUCUGCCUUCACCACCCCAAUAGGGCUCUUCGAGUUCCUGGUCCUGCCCUUCGGCCACAAGGAGGCAUCUGCCACCUUCCAGCGCCUGGUGGAUCAGUUACAAGGGGGGGUGGAGGACUUUGCACUGGCGUAUAUUGACGAUAUCUGUGUCUUUAGCCAGACCUGGGAAGAACAUGUGUCCCAGAUGAAGAGGGUGCUGGGUCGCCUCCAGGAUGCCGGGUCGCCUCCAGGAUGCCGGACUGAUGAGCUGCCUGUGCUGGCUAUCUCCAGGCCCCAGACUGGCCUGUCCUUCCUUGCCCCGGAGCCCGAGGACCUGGAGGAUCUCUACAGCCGCUACAAGAAGCUGCAGCAGGAGCUGGAGUUCCUGGAGGUGCAGGAGGAGUACAUCAAGGACGAGCAGAAGAACCUGAAGAAGGAGUUCUUGCACGCGCAGGAGGAGGUGAAGCGCAUCCAGAGCAUCCCGUUGGUCAUCGGCCAGUUCCUGGAGGCCGUGGACCAGAACACGGCCAUUGUGGGCUCUACCACAGGCUCCAAUUACUACGUGCGGAUCCUGAGCACCAUUGACCGGGAGCUGCUGAAGCCCAACGCUUCAGUGGCCCUGCACAAGCACAGCAACGCGCUGGUGGAUGUGCUGCCACCCGAGGCUGACAGCAGCAUUAUGAUGCUGACAUCAGAUCAGAAACCGGACGUGAUGUACGCUGACAUCGGCGGGAUGGACAUCCAGAAGCAGGAGGUGAGGGAGGCCGUGGAGCUGCCUCUCACCCACUUUGAGCUCUACAAGCAGAUCGGCAUUGACCCCCCACGCGGCGUCCUGAUGUACGGCCCCCCCGGCUGUGGGAAGACUAUGCUGGCCAAAGCCGUGGCCCAUCACACCACAGCUGCCUUCAUCCGCGUGGUGGGCUCGGAGUUUGUGCAGAAGUACCUGGGUGAGGGGCCGCGCAUGGUGCGGGACGUCUUCAGGCUGGCCAAGGAGAACGCGCCCGCCAUCAUCUUCAUAGACGAGAUUGACGCCAUCGCCACCAAGCGCUUCGACGCCCAGACAGGGGCCGACAGGGAGGUGCAGCGCAUCCUGCUGGAGCUGCUCAACCAGAUGGACGGCUUUGACCAGAACGUCAACGUCAAGGUGAUCAUGGCCACAAACCGGGCAGACACACUGGACCCUGCUCUGCUGCGGCCUGGCCGCCUUGACCGCAAGAUUGAGUUCCCCCUGCCCGACCGGCGCCAGAAGCGCCUCAUCUUCUCCACCAUCACCAGCAAGAUGAACCUGUCCGAGGAGGUGGACCUGGAGGACUAUGUGGCCCGGCCGGAUAAGAUCUCAGGUGCCGACAUCAACUCCAUCUGCCAGGAGGGCGGCAUGCUGGCUGUGCGGGAGAACCGCUACAUCGUCCUGGCCAAGGACUUCGAGAAGGCAUACAAGACAGUUAUCAAGAAGGACGAGCAGGAGCACGAGUUCUACAAAUGAGGGGCCAUGGGGGAGCGUGGGGCAGGCUUGAAAUCCCUGCAAUAAACCCAGCCCCAUGCCUCUGCA